AUGAACGGUCAAACCGCAUGGCAGACGCCUGGCAACCAUCAGGGCAUUGCCAGCCGGUCAUUCCACUAUUCUGGUGAUGGUCCUGCGCAAGAUCAGACACCCCUUGAUGCUUCAAUGGGUGCAGUAGCCGACCCCCCUGAUGCCGACGAUGACGCCAGUCGCCAACGCGCCCAUUUCCUGGCUCUAUAUCGCCGCAGCGAAGCCCGAAUAUCUUCCAUGUUCCGCGACGAUGGUUCCUACAACCACGACACAAAAGCUUACUGGGAGCCCUCGUUCCCGUCCGCGCACAGCGUCUCGCCUCCCCCAACCACGGAUCAUCGGCCCAUCGAAGAGCGACCAGCAAAGCGUGUCAAGCGCGUAAUUGAUGAAGACGACUAUGGCGACGACGAUUCCGAUGAUGAAGAAGGCGUCUCUGGCGAUAAUCUCCACGCCGCGGAUGGUCACAACGCCUCACCUCUUAAGCACAAAAGCGCGGCCACAGCAUCGAAAGGUCUGCUUUCGCCCACCAAGUCCGGCAGCUCUCCUGUGCCUUCUGUGGCGUCUCCAGAAAAGACGUCCGAUAAGCCAAAGGAUGGAUCGUCGCAAGAAUCCCAGUCACAGCAGCACGAUCGCGCCAAGACUCUAGAAGAAACCCGGAAGCAACUCGAGGAUGCUCGCAAAGACACCGAGGAGGCCGCAAAACGCGGGUUCCACACGCUCUUUUACACGCUCGAAAACGACCGAACCGCCAUGCUGGAGCAGCAGCAACUAGAAGAAUCCGAGAAGCAGCUGCAGGCGGAGAUGGACAAGAACAGCGCGAAUGCGCCGGCGGAAGGUACAACCGCAGAGCACCACGGCUCCCUCAGUAGUGCGAACUUGGGCGCAUCCAGCCUCACUCUAAAGCACCUAAUUGCGCGAAUCGACAUGAAGCGCGACAUGGUGCGCGCGUCAGAUGCCGAAUUGCGGUCACUAAUGAACGAGGUCCGCAAGAAUCGCAGCAAGUGGGCUAGCGAAGAGAAUGUCAACCAGGAGGAGCUUUACGAAGCCCUCGAGAAGGUCUUGACUGAGCUCAAAGCGCACACUGAGUUCUCCACACCCUUUCUUCAGAGAGUGAACAAGCGAGAUGCGCCAGAUUACUACCACACUAUCAAACAACCAAUGGACCUCGGCACCAUGACCAAGAAGCUCAAGUCUCUCACCUACAAAUCGAAACAAGACUUUGUCGCCGACCUUAACUUGAUCUGGGACAACUGUCUGAAAUAUAAUGCGGAACUCAACCACCCCCUACGGCGUAUGGCUAAUGGCAUGCGCAAAGAGGCGGAGAAGCUCAUCCCUCUCAUUCCGGAGCUCACGAUUAGAUCUCGUGCCGAGGUUGAGGCCGAAGAGCGCCGCAAACAGAACGGUGGUGAAGACGAUGCUGGAGAUGAUUCAGAUGACGAACCUAUCAUGUCCUCACGAGGUCGGAUCACAGGAGGGACCAAAGGAACCAAAUCCCGGAAAGCACCCUCGGACCAAAAGGAAGACACGCCGGGGACGGAUCAGAAGCCAAUAUUACCCCUGAACGGACUGCUUGCCAAGGCCCACCGCGAAGGCUCGGACUUGGAUGGAAGCAAUGGUUUUGGCAGCCCUGCGAUCGGCGCAAUGACCCCCAACGGCCUUAAUGGCACUGCAGGGACCGGCAGCAAUGUUGACGCGAUGGACAUUGACGAGCCGUCACUCCACGGCAUGGCCCUUGGACAAGCCCUGACAAAUGCGGCCCAGCCUGUAUACGAGGAUGAGGAGUACAAGAUCUGGAAGCAGGUCACCAAGAAGGACCGCGCAUUGGUUGCACGCGAGCGGCAGCAACUGUUUGCCGGCAACAAACUGAACGUCGACGAGCCAGCACUUCUGCGCACUAAGGCUGGGAUGAGGCGUUAUUUGAAGAGCUUGCAACAAGCCGAAGCACUCGGCAUCAAAGACUCUUCGCAGUCCGAAUCCGUUGGACAAUCGGGGCAAGGCGCGAAAGCCACUGAGACAUUGGCUGAGGGCAUGGAGGAGGGCGAGGAGAAGGUCAUUCCUGACUACUAUCAGCCUCAGAGCUUGAUCCCUGACAUCCCGCCCCAGUUGCAGUGGAUCGAGGAUGGCGAGGGCCAGGUCAUCAACCAGUUUGGGGAGUACUUGCGUGAAAUGCCUGCGGGCUACUUCUCCGCACCCAAGGUCGGGCUUGCCCAAAGGUUCGACGCAAACCUCCGACAAAUGCAGGAGACCCGGAAGGUCUGCUCUAAAAUCAGCGUCAUCAAGCAGAUGCAGCUGCAAACUCAGGUCUACGCGAAUCAAUUCCCCAAGUACAACCCUGAGCCAUUUGUUGAGGUUGACGUCGACCCGCAUGUCACAUCUGGCGAUGAUCUGGUCAUGGCUCCAGAAGUGUGCAGGGCCGCUAUGCAGCGUUCGGUUGCAAAGAUAUUUUACCAUGCCGGUUUCGAGGAACUGCAGCCGUCAGCAUUGGACACGAUUACAGAUAUCGCGACGGACUAUUUUGGCAAGAUUGUGGGCUCUUUCAAUGCCUUCAGCCAAGUCGAGAUGAAAGAUCCGUCGACCGAUUUCGCGAAACGAGGAGCAAAAGCUCAGCCGCGUUGCUCUGGCGAGGAGGUUGUUCUGCACACCCUCGCAGAGAACGGCUACUCGGUCGAAGCACUCGAAAGCUAUGCCAAGGACGAAGUUGAACGACUGGGCAACAAGCUUGGCGUUAUCCACGAGCGCAUGAAGGCGCACUUGAGUGACCUGCUACGUCCAGCGCUUCACGAAACAAAUCAGGAAGGUGCCAAUUUCCGCGACGGCAGCGACCAGUUUGUUGGUGGCGAUUUCGCCGAGGAUAUCGGGGAGGACUUCUUUGGUUUCAAGGAGCUUGGCCUUGCGGGUGAGCUGGGCGGUGUUCUGUCAGUGCCAUUGCACCUCCUGCAGUCUCGUGUCCGCAACCAGUACCAAGCUCAGAACCCGACUACUGGCGAAACUACCGACGAGCAGCUCUUUGAGGAGCCGCCGCCACUCGAGGCAGUCACCAAGGAGAACAUACAAGGCCAGAUUGGUCUUGUCAAGAACUUCUUCCUUGCGAAGCUGCAUGCCAACGGCGACUCACCUCUGGUUGAAGACGAGGAUCUUCCGGUCAAACAGCGCCGCCCCAGGCCAAGACUUGGCGCCACCGGCAAGAUUGUUUCCCCCCAGAAGCGGCCACCGAAGGAACAGAAUGCCAUCAACAAGAAGAAGAAGAAGCUGGAGGCGCAAGCCGCGGCCGCCAACAAGAGUCCCGAGAAGCCCGGCGCAAAGGACAAGAAGCCCACGCUUAUUACGUCUGGGGCGGGCGGUGUCAACGGAAUCAGCCUGCCCACUGCGCCAGGGAUGGAGCGCCUCGGAAGCAUGCAGAGCCAUACCGACAAGGACGAUACUGGCAUGAUGUCUCCCGAAAGCAUGGAGCGGUAG